AUGAAUCGUGGACUAUCACGGAAAAACUUCGAACCCGGGUACAAGCUGCUGAAAUGGGCUUUCUUAGACGAGUUCCUGGCCUUACGCGUCUCAACAUGGUCCGGAACAGUGACAUCCGGUAGAGCCUUGGCGGUCGAUAAAAUGUCUGACUUCAAUGAAAGUCUUGAAUCGCCAGAAAUAUUUACCAUGAAGUACUGCACAUGGUUCGAAUACUCUCUCGAUAAGCUUAGAAACAGCCCGAACUCUGGACUUAACGAUGUCGAAUUUCAGGAUAAAGUUGACGAGCUCAAGGUGUCUUUGCAGCACACCUGUUUGCUGAUGUCACUGAAAUUGGAAAGCAAGGAAAUUUGCAUGGCUUUGAUCGACAUAUCAUCAAAUAUCAGUGACGAGAAAUGUCCCAAAAGAUCGAAAUCAUCAGCCAGUGUCACGUAUACGAAUACUGACAACGCUCCCUACACGACGGAAGUAGUUGAUGAUGCUCCUAGAACAAAUGUCGACCCUUUAAGAGCAUUUGAGAAAAGCGGCAGGGUGAUAUCAAUGAUCAGCGGCGCAGGGUCAUGUGACAAGGCAUUACCGAAUGAGGUUGAUCAGAUCGAACAGAGCGAGACAGUGGAAUACGAGAAUCCAGACGAUCUUACCGACGUUAAGACGGAUGAUUUAAUUUUAACAAACUGCGUUCCCAAGGUCAUUUUAACCCGAAUUGAUACCGGCAGUAUUGCGUCGAUGAUUGGAGAAAGAGCGACAAAUGACAAGACAGCUUUAGCGACCAGCGAUACUGUUUUGCGUAAGAAGGCAUUGCAAGAAAAGGUUGAUCGUGUGGAACCGAACAGAACCGUGGAAAGUGAAAAGUUGAGCGGUCUUCAUGACGUUGAAAGGAAUGCUAUUUCUUAUACAGAAGCCUCUCCUGUUAUAAUUUUAUCCAAAAUUAACGCAGACGGCAAGAUAUCGAUGACAGGAACAGUAGAAGAAAACGACAGUUAUGUAUCAGCGACCAGUGAUGCAGUUUCUAAAAGCAAUGCAUUAAUGUGUGGGAUUGAUCUGGUUGAACAGAAUGAGACCUUGGAAUGUGAGAUACCAAACGUUCUUUCCGGCACUGAAAUGAAUGAUUUCGAUAUGGAAGACGUUUCACCUUGCUCCGUUUUAGCCGGGAUUGGCAUCAGUUAUAAGAAUUCAACGACCGAGCGAGAUAAAACGAAAAAUGGCCGCAGCGCCUCACUGUCUAGCGGCACAGUUUCGUGUGAAAACGCAUUACAUGAUGAAAUUGGUCUGAUCGAGCAGAAGACAGUAGAUUGUGAAAGACUAAGUUAUCUUUCCGACAUUAAAGUGAAGGAUUUAGCUUUUGUGCGUGCUUCACCAAGGGUUGUUUUAGCGAGGAUUGAUCCCAGUGACAAUUCUUCGAUGGGAAAAGAAAUGACAAAAGAUGAUGAAGUGGUUUCAGUGACCAGCGACGUUGUUUCGUGUAAUAUUUCAGUACGCGAUGGAAUUGAUCAGGUGGAACAGAAAAAGGAAAUUGUGAAAUCUGAAAAAUUAAGUUGUAAUCGAGACACUGAAGUGAACGAUUUUAGUUCUACAAAAGCAGCACCUGAACUGAUUUUGGUCAGAAUUGACAUAAGCAAUCAGGUCUCGACGACUGAUGGAAAAAUGGCAAGAAACGUCAAGGAGAUCUCAGUGACUAGUGAUUCAGCUUCUAACGAUAAGACGUUACAUGAUGGGAUUGAGCAGAUCGAACGCAGCAGAGCCAUGGAAUGUGAGACGCUAACUGAUUUUUCCGACAUUGCAAAUGCCUCACCAAAACCUAUUUUAACCACCGUUGACACCCUUAAAAAUAUUACGACAGAAGGAGAAGAAUCAAAAAAUGAAAAGAGAGUUUCAGGUACCUGUGAUGCUGCUUCGUAUGGAGAUAGAUUACCAGAUCACGUUCAACAGAAUCAGGUCAUGGAAUAUGACAGGCCAAGGUGUUCUCUCAACGUUGAAACGAAUGACCUGCCCUUAGCAGACGCCUCUCCUAAGCUAAAUUUAGCCAGAAUCGACAUCGACGACAAGGUAUCGAAGACAGAGGAAGACAAAGAAAAUAAUCGCCAGGGUUUCCCAAGAACUAGUGAUGCAGAAUUUAAUGACAAAACAUUAUUGGAUGGAGCUGAUCAGAUGGAACAAAGCGAAACUAUGGAGUGUGCGAAGGGAAACAACCUUCUUGGCGUUGAAAUUAAAGAUUUUGCUUUUGCAGAUUCCAUACCCAAGCCAGUUUUAACCGUGACUAAUAACAGUGUCAAAGUAUCGACAGUCGAGUAUCCACCGAACAUUGAAGCUGAUGUUCAGAGAGAACGAAGUGACAUCUCUCGAAAUGACACUAAAUUUGACGCGUCAUUUAUACGUCAAACGUCAGAAAAGCAGCUGAAAAGUGAUGAUCAUCUUACAGGAAAAAUAGAUAAAAAAGUGGACGAUGCCGUGUUCAUUAGCAAGAGCAAAGGACUAGCGCUUUCCAAAAUGGGCCUAAGUAGCGAAGCUCAGCAGGCGCAGUGUGAGCAAGACGACGAUGCUAAAGUGACAAACUUAGGGCGGAAUAAUGCAGACUGCGAACUUGCACCUGUUCUUCAGUCACUUAUCCCUGCGCAUCCAGUGCCAGUUUCCACAACGAAUAAAAUAACUGAAGAAGAUCGUCGUCACAGCGAAAUAGAUAAACUGAUAGAUGAAUCAGCACUGGUUAAGGAAAAUAGAAGGUUUAAGCCACGUGGCUUAUCGAUAAGUCCGAGAAAAUUCGACAACGCGACCGUAGACUUUGACGCUACGCUUCAGGGUAUGGAAAGACGAUCAUCGAUCAAGAUUUCUGACUUCGUGAACAAAGUCAAAAUCGACAAAUCAGUGCUGAUGAAAUCAACGUUUCCAGUUGAAAAAAUUUUUAAACAAGAACUUCAAUCUCGUGAAGCGAUUAUCAGAGAAAUUGCUGUUGUUAGUAACGGCGAUCUAGGCGUGAAAUUAUCAAAAAACUGUUCAGAGUCUUUCAAGACAUCCAAGUACCUGGAGUGCAAAGCAACGACAAGAAGGACGAAUGCUGCUAAGGCAAAGGAUGUUAUUGCUUCUCACAUAGAACAGGCUGUUGAUACGCAAAAAAGGAAGUUUUCGAAUGAGCAGAUGAAAACGGCAACACCAGAUCCCGAA